CGCAGGGAGCUGGAGCGGAAGCGCGGCUGCCAUUUUGUCUAUUGCGGAUCGGUCUUUUCUCGCUUCGGGAGGUCGAAGCGGGGGGGGGCCGCAUUGUAAUUUUUGAGAGGGCGAGACGCCCGCAGCCGCUUUCCUGACGGACGCCUGGAGAGAUUGGCGCGGCCGAGUGCAGAGGGGAAGAGGCCGCGGCGUUUGCCUCAUAACCUGUUAAAAGCAAGCGCGGGUUUCUGUUCCUCUUUCCCGCGGGAAAUUAACGGAACUGAGGCUCUUUCGAGGCCUCAUUCGACUCCCAGGGGCCUGUUGAUUUCACAGCCUUUAUCAGGCCUUCCAAGAAGAACCAGGUGAUUAUUGCUGUGGGUUGAGCUCAAAAUGGCUGUAGUCAUCCGUUUACAGGGACUUCCUCUUGUUGCGGGUUCUGCAGAUAUUCGUCGUUUCUGCUCAGGAUUGAAUAUUCCUGAUGGAGGUGUACAUAUUAUUGGAGGAGAAAAGGGGGAAGCUUUUAUUAUAUUUGCAACAGAUGAAGAUGCCAGACAAGCAAUGAGCUAUUCAGGAGGAUUUAUCAAGGAUUCACGUAUACAGUUCUAUCUUAGUAGCAAGGCAGAAAUGCAGAGCAUAAUAGAAAUUAAUAGGAAGAGAUUUGAUCGUGGUGGAAGAGGAGGAGGACCUAGGCGGACAGGUCCUAAUCAUUCUGGAACACAUGAUGUUGGCAACCUUUCAAAUAUAGUUCAAGUCAUUAAAAAGGGAAUUGGUAAAUCUAGCCAUGAUUCCAGAGUUCCUUUGGAGGAUGAGUUUCAUUCUAGUGGCUCUCGAAACAGUAAUAUAAAUAUUUCAAAAUCGAAUUUUAACCAGCCUAGGGACGAAACAUCUAAAUCUGAUAGGUUAUAUUUAUUCAUACGUGGUAUGCCUUAUUCUUCAACAGAAGACGAUGUGUUCAAUUUCUUUUCUGGAUUACAAGUGGAGAAGAUACUUAUGUUAAAAUCCAAUGGUCGAAUCAAUGGAGAUGGUUUGGUCAAAUUUGCUACAUUAAGUGAUGCCAUGAAAGGACUGCAACGAGAUAGGAAUUAUAUGGGUUCACGGUUUAUAGAAGUACGUCCUUCCAGUGAAGGAACAUGGAUUAAAUAUGGUGGCAGAAUAGAAGAGGAGAUAGAUAAUUCUUUCCACUUUCAACAUAAUUUGAAUAAAGGACAAUAUUUUUCAAACACAGAACAUCCAAAAAAAGAGCCAAACUAUUUGCCUUCAAGGAAACGUACCCGAUCCAGAACUCCACCACGUAGAGUAGUAUCACAGGUUAAUUCAAGAUCUCCUUCAUGGAGGAUUACGGAAUGCAGCUAUUCAAAAUCUCCUUCACAAAUGGUUAUGGCACAUGCCUUUUCAAGAUCUCCUCAGAGGGAUAUGGCACACACUGGCUCAAGAUCUCCUCCACGGAGGGUCACAGCACGCAAUGGUUCAAAGUCACCACCACGGAGGGUCAUGGAACCUAUGCAUUCACAUUCUCCAAGGAGGAUCACAGUACGUACUCAUUCAAGGUCUCCAAGGAGGGUUAAAACCCAUUCUCAUUCACCUUUCUCUGGUCCAAGCCAGUCUCAUUCACCUCAGAGCAAGGAAUAUUACAUAUAUCUUAAAAAUCUGUCUGCUGCUGUUAAAAAGAAGGACUUGCGGGUGUUCUUUGAGGCGCUAACUUUAAUGAACAAGGACAUUACUUUUCUAAAAGCUCAUUAUAAGGCAAGAAACAAGGAUGCAAUUAUUACACUCAGAUCAGAAGAAGCAUAUACAGCAUCUUUGACUUAUCACAAGCUUGAACUUUUUGGACGACAAGUUUACAUUUUUCCUGUUUCCAAAAAAAGAGUGGAAGAAGCAAUUGGGUCUUCUGAAGUUAAAAGAUCACCAGAAGGAUAUCGCCAUGUAAAGGAUAAAAAUAAUCAAGAUGGCUACCUUGGCUCAAAGACAUGUGUGUAUGUAAGAAAUUUUCCAUUUGAUGUGACAAAUGUUGAAGUACAAAAAUUCUUUGCAGGAUUUAACAUUGAUGACAAUGACAUUUAUUUGCUUUAUGAUGACAAAGGAGUUGGACUGGGAGAAGCACUAGUUAAAUUCAGGACAGAAAAUCAGGCCCGAAAAGCUGAAAGCUUAAAUCGCCGAUGCUUUUUGGGGACAGAGGUACUCUUAAGAUGUAUACCCGAGGAACAAAUGCAAGAGUUUGGUAUAAAUAUUUCAUCAGCAUCUAAUGAAAAGAUGCAAGGGCAUCACCAUAGUCAUGAAAGAGAUGAAAACUUUUACUCUGUUGAUUCAGAAGGACCCUCUGUGCAUGAAGGUGACUAUAGAAGCCUGUCCGAUGAUUAUAUCUGCUCAUCUGAUAGAGGUCCUCCCCAAUUUAAAGAAUUUGGUGAUGGUAUUCCUGGAAAUUUUUCUGAUAGGCGCUUUGUGCCUGAUUCUAACUUUGAUGGUGGCUCAGAUUCUGUAACUUUGAUCAAAUUAAAAAAUAUACCAUUUCGAGCUUCUCCUAAUGAAAUUCUGGAUUUUUUCCAUGGCUAUAAAAUUAUACCAGAAUCUCUUUCUGUUCAGCACAAUGAAUAUGGAAUGUUUUCUGGUGAAGCAAUCAUUGCUCUAAUAAAUUACAAAGAGGCAGAGGCUGCUAUUAAUGAACUGAACGAUAGGCCAAUAGGCCAGCGCAAAGUUAGAUUAACCUUGGUAUAGAUGAAAAUGAGGUAGAAUAAAUAUACAGUAUUAUUUCAUUAUAAUUCACAACUUUUUACUUGGAAAAUGAAGAAACCCCAAAAGGUUAAGCAUUAUAAAGCAUUGUUUAAUUUUUAAAUUGCAGCAUUUUUAAUUGAUUUUUUAAAAAUAAUGGAUCAACCUCAUAGUUCUGCCAAGUUAUCUUUAAAAUAUGCAUAGCUGAAUUAUGAAAUUUGACAUGUAUUUCAUCCCUCUUCUGCAUGUAUAUUUGCAGUUUAUCUAAAUAUGGUUUGAUGUAAAACAUUGUAUUUUCAGAGUUGUUCAAAAGCAUAGGUUGUGUCAUCCUUGUAUAUAUUAACUUAAAUCCAUAGGAUUCUUGUCCAUUGUUAAUUCUCAGUGAUAGCUUGAAUGGUUUUGUUAUUGUCAGCUCAGCCUUUCUUUUAAAAUAAAAGUACAUGCACUGAAAUA